UAUAGAAACAUCGAAUUAAGGUCAAUAAUCAUCAGUAAUAAUAAUUUUCAAAUAAAUAUUUUUAAACAUACUUUGUUCAGUUCAGUAAAAAUUGAUUAAUUAUUAUUCAUCAUUUAGAUCUAAUUUAUUAAUGUUUUGUAUAAAAUUCGACGGAAUUGUGAAAUGGUUCCUCGUUCCACUUUUAAUUAAUACUUUGACAUUUUCAAUAAUUACUUAAAAUAAGUAAUGCACUUAAAAUAUUUUAAGCAUAUGGUUUUAAACGAUGAAAAACAGUGUUAAAAGAAGUGUUCCUAUAAAAAUAUGAAAAUACAAAACUUAUUUUGUUUAUUUUUUUAUUCGUUAGCUGUAGGAAUUUUUGCCAUAUUUUAUGGCAUAUCACAUAUGAUCAAACCUGGUCCCAUACCAGUAUUAGAAAAUACUUAUUGGGGUCCGGGGAUUUUCACAGAAGACGACCCCACAAUCAAACCUUUUAGAAUAAAACUGGAGGAGAGUGUGCUAAAUGAUUUACAUUUACGUUUGAACAUCACCAGGCUUAUAGCAACACCGUUAGAAAACAGCCAGACACGUUAUGGAUACACGGGAAAAGCUCUGGAAGACUCUCUUAAAUUUUUACGCUACGAAUACAACUUUCAGCAGCAAUUGGACUUUCUUAAUUCGUUACCUCAGUUCACGACACAAAUACAAGGGUUACAAAUACACUUCGUUCACGUAAAGCCUGAAAUUACAAAUGUGAAGGUUCUACCCAUUUUGCUCUUACACGGUUGGCCAUCAUCAGUGAGAAGUUUUUAUAAAAUGGCCAGAAGACUGAGCGUACUAGAGGAAGGACGGGAUUUUGUUUUUGAAGUUGUGGUUCCAUCUUUGCCAGGUUUUGGAUACUCGGAUGCGCCCGCCAAAAAGGAUUGCCAGACUCCGGAAGUAGCGGUUAUAUUUAAAAACUUGAUGGAGCGUCUUGGCCAUGAGGAAUUCUAUGUACACGGCGAGGACUGGGGAGCGAUUGUAGCAACCAAUAUGGCCACACUUUUUCCGGACAGAAUCUUAGGACACCAUUCGAACUUUUGUCUGAGUUUGUUGUACAAAUCUUUAUUAAAGAUAACUGUUGGGAUGGUGUUUCCCUCUUUGGUAUUCCCCAAUCAGUUCCAGUACAAGUGGUACCCACCACAGGUGUCAAUCAGGUGGAUAUUUGGUGAAAGUGGUUAUUUGCAUUUGCAAGGGACAAAACCUGACACAGUUGGAGUCAGCUUAGAUAACAGCAUUGAAGGACUUGUUGCGUUCAUGUUUGAAAAAAUGGCGGUUGGCACUAAUAAAGAUGCAGUCGAAUUUGACGAUGGAGGUCUUCACCGAAGGUUUAACUACACUUCUUUGUUUGAUAAUUUGUUUUUCUAUUACUGGUUGCCUAAAAAGGCCACAACUGCCGCUAGGUUUUAUGCAGAAAAUUUAAAUGUUAAUGCAUUUGCCAGAGGAGUGCACAAUAUUCCCAUUGAUCCAAACGUGCCUUGUGGUUGUACAUUCUUUGAGCAUGAGUUUUUAUACUUCCCUGAAGAGAUUUUGAAGGACAAGUACACUAAUUUAAUUCAUUUUACAACAUACCGUGAUGGUGGACAUUUCGUUGCUUUGGAGUUCCCCGAUAAGAUCACGAAUGAUCUUAUAACUUUUAUCAAAAGAACUUUACACAAAGAAAAAGAGUUGUGAUAUAAUAAAAAUUAAAUAAUUAAAUAAAUAAACUGUAAAUAAAUUAAUUAUUUAUAUGAUAA